GAAAUGAUGUGAAAGACUUCUUGUAGAAAACCGAAAUGUUUUACAUACGACGUAUCUUGAACAGCUUGAACAUGUAGGGACUUCCCCUACAAUGACAUGAGACGAAGCUAUCUUUGUAGCCAAUCAGAUUGCGUUUAUUUUUUGCCCUUGACUCGUACUUAUGUAUACAAUAACUGUGACUUGAAGCAAAUAUUAUGAAGAAGAGCACAGUUCCUUGAAAACACGAAAGAAUUAAAGCAAGAAAAAAGGUGAGAGCGAAACCAUGGGAACAAGAGGCGAUACUUACAGUGUUGUCAAUAACGGAGGUACGGUUGCUAUGGGAAAUGGCGCGUGCAUAAAUGUGACACUAUCACGUGGUGUUUCCAGUACAUCGCGACCAAGAGAAUAUUUUCCAUCCUCGAACGAAAGAAAAAUUACACCAAACCAAUACUUCAAAGACCUACCAUCAACAAUAGCCCAACGCUUGCAAAAUAUGCUCCGUGUGAACUUCAGUUGGAAGGGGCUUCUCUCAGCGGUAUUUCCGGGUAUUACGUAUGAGCAAAUGACUCAGAUAGAUUGCUUUGGAGUCGAGGCUGUGGAAGAGGCCUUCCAGCUGAUGUGCGAGAGAGGAGUUACGCUGAGGAAAGUCGUGAUGGCGCUGAGGUCGAUAGAGAGGCUAGACGCAGUGGAGAUGCUGGCAGAGGCGGGGUAUACGGAGAAUGAGCGCACUUCGAAGCCAUUACAAGAGAGCAGCGUAUACUCUGCUUUUAACAUGACUUCGAAUAAGGGAGUGCAAGAGAUGGCGAAAACACCUGUACAGGAAGUCACGCAACUGGGUGCGGAGAGCAUGACAUCGAUUGGAGUACAAGAUGUCUCUGAACAAACUCAAGAAACCGUGACAUCAAUAGUGGCGCAAGAAGUCACACAACAAACUCAAGUUGUCGAGAUGUCAUUGAGAGGUGCGGACAUCACGCAACACGUCACGCAACACGUCACGCAACACUACAGAGGCGGGAGCUUCGAUAGAAACCAAGAAAACCGCCUCAUUGAAAUUCAACAAAAUAGCCCUGAGAACAAUUCACCGGAUGGUUAUAUCAUUCAUCAACAAGGCAACGUUAUUAACGAGGAACCAAAACAAAUCUGGUCAGAUCGUUGUGACCUCAUUCAGCCUAAACCAUCACAAGGGCACGCAACCUCCAGCGUAUUGACAAAAGUAACUCAAAGCCUCAUGGAACUGCUAGGACUAAGUUAGGGUGAAUUUCAUAGCGCGAUGCUACUGUGGCCACAAGACACAAUUAAGACAGACUUUGAGAGUGAUACAGCAGAGCCGUAGAGGGCCACGUAAGAAUUGGGGGGGCACAAUACAGAAACAUUAAGAAAAUAUUGGGGGGAGCACAACCACGCCCCUACUCGUCAUUUCCAGGGCCGUAACAUGCCUCGAAAUAUGGGGGAGGGGACAAUACAGAAACAUUAAGAAAAUAUUAGGGGCACGUGCCACCAGUGCCCCAACCCCUGCUACGGCCCUGUAUAGUAGGCAGAUGACCAAGAGAACCAGCGUGGUGUCCUUCCAGGGCCGUAGCAAUAUGGGGAGGGGGGGCCCCAAUACAGAAAUAUUAAUAAAUUAUUGGGGGCACAACCACGCCCCUACUCGUCAUUUACUAGUAACUUUUUAAAAUAUUGGGGGGGGGACACGUGCCCCCAGUGCCCCCUACUAUGGCCCUGCCUUCAGCUUCUUUCUCCUCUAUUAAUUGUGGGUUGUUCGAGUAAACAGUGGGGCACGAAAAACUCACGAAGGACCUUGUAAAUAUGUAUGAGAGGUUAGUGUGUGCCUCAACUUUUAUUAUGCAGCAUCUAAUGCACCAUUUUGUAUCAAAGAUUUUAUUAAAUUUUAUUUAUUCAA